UCCCGGUCGGCCUGCGCCUGCGCGGGGCUUCCGCCGCUCGGCGAAGCGGGAGCGCUCCCCCACGGCUGCGCACUCGGACAAAGAUGGCAGCGGCGGCCCGGCUACGGUGGGGAGCGGCGGCUGCUGCUGCGGGGCUGCGUAGGCGAUUCUGUCCUAUGAUGAAUCCAUACACCAUUAAGAAACAGCUUCUGCAUCAGUUUGUACAUAAGCCACGUUUCCCACUGCCUGCAACCUUAUGUAACACAGUAAGACACAUGUUUAUUCAAACACAAGAUACCCCAAAUCCCAACAGUUUAAAGUUUAUCCCAGGAAAACCAGUUCUUGCGACAAGGACCAUGGAUUUUCCCACACCAGCUGCAGCAUUUCGCUCCCCUCUGGCUAGGCAGUUAUUUAGAAUUGAAGGAGUAAAAAGUGUCUUUUUCGGACCAGAUUUCAUCACUGUCACAAAGGAAAGUGAAGAAUUAGACUGGAAUUUACUGAAACCAGAUAUUUAUGCAACAAUCAUGGAUUUCUUUGCUUCUGGCUUACCCUUAGUUACUGAGGAAACAUCUUCAGGAGAAGCAGGAUCUGAAGAAGAUGAUGAAGUUGUGGCAAUGAUUAAGGAAUUGUUAGAUACUAGAAUACGGCCAACUGUGCAGGAAGACGGAGGAGAUGUGAUCUAUAAAGGCUUUGAAGAUGGCAUUGUACAGCUCAAACUCCAAGGUUCUUGUACCAGCUGCCCCAGUUCAAUCAUUACUCUUAAAAAUGGAAUUCAGAACAUGCUGCAGUUUUAUAUUCCGGAAGUAGAGGGUGUAGAACAGGUUAUGGAUGAUGAAUCAGAUGAAAAAGAAGCUAACUCACCUUAAAAUAAUUAGCAUUUUCUUGGGGCCCAGCAGUUGGACUUAUUGAUAAUUAUACCAAGCUUUUAUUAUUAAUCUGCCAAGGAACUUGAGGAUUAAUAAAAUAUGCCCUUUUUUCAGACUGGUAUAUAAAUAUUGCAUGUUUGCUUUACCUCAUAUGAGUUAUUUAUAACAUCUUGAAUCAUCUUCUGUACACGUGGAUUUUAUCCAGGGAUAUUUUAAUGUUAGUUCUUUAUUUUUUAUGGUUCCUUUGCAUAAUGUGUGAAGCAGUUCAUUUUCCACCAUCUAAUUUGUUUCCUUUUUUUUUUUUUUAAAUACAGAAGUAAAUAAGGAGAAUACUUAUAAAAAUACUCUAAAAUGGCUUAGCUUUUUGUGAAAUAUUUGAGACUCUUUACUGGAUUUUUUUUUUUUUUUUGAGAGAGAGAGAGUGAGAGCAUGAGAGGGGAGAAGGUCAGAGGGAGAAGCAGACUCCCUGCAGAGCUGGGAGCCUGAUGUGGGACUCGAUUCCAGGACUAUAGGACCAUGACUUGAGCCAAAGGCAUCUUUACUGGAUUUUUAUCUUGUUUAAAAAAAAAAAACAACUAAACAAUUCUGGCUUAAAAAUGGUAUCUGCCUGGGGGUGCCUGGGUGGCUCAGUAGGUUAGGUCUCUGACUCUUGAUUUCGACUCAAGUCAUGGUCUCAGGUUGUGAGAAUGAGCCCCACUUUGGUCUCUGCACUGGACCUGGAGCCUACUUAAGAUUUUCUCUCUCUCUCUCUCCUUCUGCCUCUUUUCUGCCCCCUUAAAAAAAAAAAAAAAAAAAGAAAGAAAAAAGAAAAACAGACCUGGCUUAAAAAAAAAAAAAAAAGGUCAUGAUGCUGAAAACUAAUGAAGAACCAAGUUCCAGAAUGUAGGCAGAAUUUCCAUUGGUAGAAGACACAGCAGGCUGAAUUGAGGGAAGAGCUGCCUUAGCAUACUCAGGCUUUAUUUUAUGAAGCAGAAUCUCUG